AUGGCCAGCAGCAGCAGCAGCAAUGGCGUGCUGGGCGGGUCGGUGGACGUGGUGCGGUUUGAGAUUCGACGGCUGGAGAAUGCGGUGAGCAAGCUGGUCGAGUCGAACGAAGCGCUGGUCGAGGCGCUCGAGGCUGAGCCGGAUGAUGUCGACUUUCAAGAGGCUGUGGCUGAGAAUGAGGGCGUCAUCGCAAAGUACAGGUCGCAGAUCGCAGAAUUGGAGGCUCUGAUCGGAGUCUCGGGCCAUGCCAAGGACCAGGUCUGGAUCUGA